AUGCCAGAGCUAUCCUCAACUGAACGGAAAAGGCUCCGAGAUCGUCGGGCACAACAGAAUCUUCGUGAUAAGAAGUUGCGCCACACAACAAAGCUUGAGGAGCAAUUAGCCCACUGCGAGCAAUAUCACAACGAUAAAGGGGUACAACAGCUGCUUGAUAUCAUCAAAGGGCUUCGCAAGCAGAAUGAAACUCUCCAAGAUCGCCAGAAAAGCCUAAAGACCCUAGUCAAUUCGUGGGAUGGAGCACAAGAAAUGAUCCCAGAUGAUUGGAAUUGUUCAAGACGGACACAUCCAAAAUCACAUGAUGAGUCUCUCAAACCUCCUAUAUUGAAUGACUCGAACCCAAAAAGAGUAGUCAAUUUGAAUACCCCAACGUCACCGACAAGCACACCUCCACAGCUACAUCCAAAUACUAAUUUAUCCUGGAAUCAACUCCCACUCUACUCUGAUGACUUUUCUAAUAUUCAAACCACAUCCUGUUUCUGCAAGACAAACCUACUCGCAAACAUGAUUCACACAGCCCUCUGCAGGCGGCCAAUCCGCGAUCCAGAAAAACUAGCCACGGGCUGGCUAGCCUACCAUUUUACCAGAUGGAUAUUUGCCCCAAGUCCAAGCACCUACAGCCGACUCCCUGAUUUCAUGCGACCUGUGCAGGACCAGUUACGGGUAGCUCAUCCGCUCAUUUUUGACCUUGUCUGCUGGCCCAGGAUCAGACUGAAUCUGAUUAGGAAAUGGCAGAUCUACGACAAGAAUCGUGAUGAGCUGUUCGGGCUUUUUGGGUGUUGUGUUAAACUUCGCUGGCCGUGGGGGGAGAAGAUUCUUGAGCGAAAUGAGGACAAUGAGAUCACUACCAGGGAGGAGUUUUAUAAUGUUUUUAUGAAGGAGGAAGGGUGGGGUGUCACUCAGGAGUUUAUAAAUCAAUUUCCAGAGCUUAUGGAUGGGAUUGAUAUUGAUUCCCUUGUUGCUACGAUGACUUAG